UAUCUAGUAGCACAUCGGAGACAGUGAGAGUAUGAACGUUCUAUACGAAAAAUUUUCUUUUUAAAUUUUCUAUUUGCAUGGAAUUCAUCUCGAUCACGCGAGUGUGAACAUAUUCAUAAAUCGUUACGGAAAUCGAGCACACACUUUUCAGUUUGGUGUGUUGUUCGUUGUUAUUAUGGACAGUCUAUUGUUGAAAGAUUUUUUAAUUUUUUUUUUCUGUGUGGAGAAACAAUAGACAAAUUUGUAAAUGUGAAAAUUAGCAUUGAAGUGUUGACACAUUUAAAAUGAAUAGAGAAAUCAGUUUCUUUUGUGUUUCGGUUUUUAUUAUUAUUUUGUUCUGUUAAACUAAGCGACAACAGUUUUCAGGGAUUUUCACUUUCAAUCUGGUGAAAAUUCUUUAAAAAGAAAAAUAAAAAAACGGCAGAAAAACUGUUAUUAUAUUGUCGGGAGUUAUUUUCGUUUUUGUUAUAUAUUUUCAUUUAAAUACAAAAAAAAUUGUGAGUUGUAAAAAAAUCGCGCUACAUCUCACACAAAGUGAAGGAGGAACAACAAAAACAACAAAAAAAUAAUUGUUGAAUUGAAGACAAACCGUUUAGUAUGUUGGUUUUGUGGUGGAUAUUAUAUCCGCAUUUCCUCGUUACGUCGAAACACAUAAACUAUACACAAACGGCAGCAUAAUAUCAUCAGAAGAGAGAAUAAGAACAAAAAAAAAAAUCGGGAAAAAUAAAAACAAGGAAAAGCCAAGUGAAAAUCGUUCGUGCGUGAGAUAGUGUGCGUGGCUGUGUGUUAGUGUGGUUGUUUCCUUUAAAAUAUAAAAAAAAAAAUCUAAUUCUUUAAAUUAGUGUUUAUCAUUUCGGUCCAAAUGGAAAACAUCAACAUUCAUGACAUUGAACAUAAACACAAGAGAAAUGAUUUGUGGCAAAUUAAACAAACGAAUUGAAUGGAUUUGAUCCGGUAUGACAAUAAAAACGAUGUUGAUUUUUCCCACUGAACUAUUAACUGGUGUUGUAUAUUAGUUUUUCGUUUCAAACAUACAAAACGGUCGAAGUAAAAACAAAAAAAAAGAAAAAGAAAAAAUUUUUACGGAAUAAAAAAGAAAAUUUUCUUUGGAAAUUGGUAAAUGUGUUCUGGUUUUACGAUUUCUUAAAAUUAGGUGAUAUAAUUUAUGGUUGUGGAACAUAUAAAUAUGCAUAAAAUAUCUAAAUUGAAAAUGUGUUCUUAAACAGUUCGUUAAGUGCAUUUACUGGUAACGGUAGAUUAGAGAAUUAUUAGAGCAACUUUUACACUUUUCCUUUGAAAACUUUCAAUUUUCGUUUUUAUUUUCUAAUUGGAUAUUUCGAAACAAUAUCCAUCGCACAACAUAUGGUGGCUAUAUUAGCGGAAACAUUCAUUUUAAAAGCAUCACUAAACCGAAAGAACACAUUAUCAUAUCGUGAAAUUGGUGUAAAUUUCAAAAAAAUAAAAGAGAAGAAGUGAAGAAGAAGAAGAAGAAGAAAAAUAAGAUCGGAAAAUAUUUGUGGAAUAAAUGUUAAUUACAAAAAUGUUGCGAGAAAGGCGACGACAUGCUAAUUUUAAACCGAAUCGAAAAUUGGAUCGAAAGUCGUCCCGUGGUAUGCUCUAUGAGAAUGAAGAACUUCGACUGCGCACGAUAAACAUAAAUGCGGAAGUUGACCGAGGCCAAUCGGAUAUCAGAAAAUUGCGCAGAGAAAACGACCAACUACGUCGGGAAAUUUGGUGUCUGCGCGAUGAAUAUGAUAAGCUGGACAAAUUAUUAGGCGGAAAUCGUAGUAAAGAUCUCACCACACCACCGUCAACCACCAGACCUGAUGGCGACGAUAAGGAAUACUACAGUGAUGAUAGCAACUCAUGUGAUACUAGCAACGAAGAAGAGGAUUUUUCGGAUAAAGAGACAGCUGACAAUCAUCAAAAUGCUCAGAAAUCUCGCGAAAAUCUUCACGUAAACUUUGAUCAUUUAUCGAUUGUUUCCGAGGAGAAUACACCCAACUGUGAUGAAACAUUGUCCAGCAGCACCGGUCAAAGCCAUGGCAAUGAAACGCCGAUGGCCGAAUUUCAAUCGAAUAUUCCGUCGCUGGCCCAUUUCGAAAAUCUUCGAUAUGAUGAAAUUGGACCGAAUUUAGAUUCAUCAGGCGAAAUACAACGCAGCACAUCCACUCCAACCACCGGCGAAACAGUAAUAUCGGUGAAUGGUUUGCAUACGCCAGACGUACAACGUCAUUCCAAAAGUGGGUUCAACCCAUUCAAUUUUCUUAAGUCUGCGAUCAAAGUUCAAAAUCGAGUCGGUCCGGCUGACUUGUGCGUUAGUAAUGUAAUUCCAUCGACAAUGGCACACGAAGAAGGGACCAUCAAAGCCGAACCAAUUUACGCACAGGUACAAAAGGCAUCCAAAUCGAAUGGAGCCUGCAGUCCAGGAGUUUUUCAGAGAGGAGGAAAUCUGGAAGACCUGCUUCAGGAUAUCGAGCUACUUUCGUCUGACAUUCAACAGAUGCAAAAGCAGAACCAACAAUAUCAUUCACAUUUAUCGCUAAAUCGCCUGCCCACAUCCAACGAUUCGAUUCCAAAGCCCAAAUCAAAUCUGCUGCAGAACAAAGCGUUCCGUUCCGAAAUGAAUUUAAUGUUGUCGUUUGAAGGCGAUCAGCCAAAAAUUACACCACUUGCUUCCACGACUCAAGACUCUCCACCACCAACGCUGCCAAAUCCGAUGAUUUUACUUCCGCCAACAUUGCCGUACACUGGCUUCGAAGAGGACCUAACGAGACCAGACAAAGCAUCGCCGUCGUUGGAACCUCCUGAAGCCAAGGAAAAUGGUUUCGCUUUGAUUCGACGGCGAUUGUUCAAUAAGAAGAAUAAUAUUCCACAGGAAGCUCCGAAAAUCGUGGUAGAGAAGCCUCCACUGGUACUAAAACGAAACGAUAGCCAUAGCAGUUCGUCGGAACAGAAUGCUGAAGUGCCACAACAAAAGCCAUUAAAACCACCCGAAACUAGACGUAAAUCGCGUCGCAUUUCGUUAAAUCUGAACGGCAGCGCUAUCGCAGAAAAUUCCAGUAAACUGAAACACAGCACCAAAUUAAAUCGUCGAGCUAGCCACGCCGAUCAUCACCUCGACGAUGUUCCAAUAUUCCUCAAUGGAAUGAAUGGAAUUAACAUUCCCGGUAUCAUGAACUCAUCAAUUAAGCCACCGAAGCACAAUCAUCGAAAAAUGAGCCAAGAUUCGGUCAAAAUGAAAAAAGGUCGACGUCACUCGGACGGUGGUAGUUUGUUGGGUCAUGACAGUGCCUAUGAGUUCGGAACAUCGAUGUCGGAACGGUACAGUAACAGUUUAGAAUCAUCCAGGGAAUCGUCGACGAGUUUAAAUAUUCCAACGAGACGGGUGUCGUUCGGUAAAAAGGGAGGAAAGAUUCCGUGGUGCGGUUGUUGGGGAAUAAUUUAAGGUUUAUGAAGUGAUUGAAUGGAUGUUGUAUUUUGCCGAUAUGGUACAAGAAGUAAUAGAAUUAUUGACGGAAUGGAGACAAUCUUAAAAUGGAUUAAAAAUC